AGGUGGCUGUGUCGGAGUUUAGCCGAGUACAAUACAGUGCUUGUGUGCGUGAGGGAAGGAAAGUAGGACAAAAUGGUACGGCAGGGUCAUGAAGGUCUAUAAGUGUUAUUAACAGUGAUCUGCGGACGCGUCGCGGCUCUCAGCUCGCUCCCUGCUUUGUUUGGAAAUCACAGUUUCCUUUUGGAGCUUCGACGACUUGUGAUCAUUUUUCCUUUGGCCCGAAGUGACUUGUAGGUCUUUUUUUUGGAGCUGCCAAUUUAUGAAGUGACGGAGUAACUUUUCUCUCGACUUUUGUUUUCUUCCUCGUGUAGCCCUGCCAAGUGGAGAGGUGGAGGGGGCGGGGAGGGGGAGAAAAUAACUUUUUUUGGAAAGAAUAUAAAGUGAGCCCCCCCCCCCCCCCCCCGGAGUCAUGGCCGAGGCACCGCCGCUGCAACAGGUCGUGGAGAUCGACCCCGAUUUCGAGCCUCAGUCCCGGCCACGGUCGUGCACCUGGCCGCUACCUCGACCGGAUUUCAGUUGUGCUUCCUCGCCGGCUUCGGUCAAGCAAGAAGGGCCGAGCGAGUUCAACCUGACCCCGGAAGGAGCCGGCCGGGUGAGCGCUUCGGUCUCGCCGGCUCUGGUACUGGAGGAGCAAGAUGAGGAUUUCGACCAGAAGCCGGUGGUGCUGGCGCCCGAGUGCUGCGGCGACUUCCAGUGCCAGCACCAGGAUGGUUGUCACCACCAACAUCAGCACCAGCAGCAACAAGUGUCGCCGGCCGGAGCUGCUUCGGCAGCCCAGAGGAAGAGCAGCUCGUCCCGGAGAAACGCUUGGGGCAACCUGUCAUACGCCGACCUCAUCACCAAAGCCAUCGAGAGCUCUCCUGAAAAGAGACUCACCCUGUCCCAGAUUUACGACUGGAUGGUCAGGAGCGUUCCCUACUUCAAGGAUAAGGGAGACAGUAACAGCUCUGCUGGAUGGAAGAACUCAAUCCGUCACAACCUGUCACUGCACAGCAAGUUUGUAAGAGUUCAGAAUGAGGGAACUGGCAAGAGUUCCUGGUGGAUGUUAAAUCCCGAAGGGGGAAAGAGUGGAAAAUCUCCAAGAAGAAGAGCAGCAUCUAUGGAUAACAAUAGCAAGUUUGCUAAAAGCAGAGGAAGAGCAGCUAAGAAAAAGGCAGCACUUCAGGCUGGUCAAGAUGGCAGUGCUGAUAGUCCUGGAACACAGUUCUCAAAAUGGCCUGGAAGUCCGAACUCUCACAGUAAUGAUGAUUUUGAUGCCUGGACCACUUUCAGAACAAGAACUGGUUCAAAUGCUAGCACAUUAAGUGGAAGGCUCUCUCCUAUUAUGCCAGAACAGGAAGAUAUUGGCGAUGGUGAGGUUCAUCAAAUGUCACCCUUAGUCUACCCUGGUAGCUCCAGUAAAAUGGCAUCAACACUACCAAGUCUAAGUGAGAUGACUAUGAACAAUUCUAUGACUGAAAAUGUAAUGGAAAAUCUUUUGGACAAUUUGAAUCUUCUGUCCCCAAACUCAUCACUGGUAGCAUCUACCCAGCCUUCGUCAGUGUCACUAAUGCAGCAAAGCACUGGCUACUCAUUUGCACCCCAGAACACAGCCAUUGGUUCACAGACCCCAGAUUACAGAAAAUGUCUCUAUGCUCAAAGCAGUAUGAAUUCUCUACAGCAAAUACCUAUGCAGACCUUUCAAGAGAAAAAACAGAACUUUGGACAGAUCACUCAAUAUAACUGUCCAACGGGGCUUCUUAAAGAGUUACUAACUUCUGACUCGCCUCCACACAGUGAUAUGUUACCACAAGUGGAUACUGUGGUAUCACAAGCUAAUGGUCGAAUGGGCAGUCAAAGUAUGAUGAUCCCCACAACAGUAAUGUCCUCGUAUGCUAACCAGGGAGUUCACACCAAGUUGAUGAACCCCAGCAUCCAGCAACAUCCCGUACAUAGCCAGCAUCCAGUUGCAAUGAAUGGCCGUGUCUUACCUCAUACUGUGAGCAUCAUGACUCAUCCUUCAAAUAUCCGACAUCUCUCAGCUCCAAAAAACCAGUUACAUGUGCCUAUGUCUCUGCAACUUAAUGCAAUGGAUCCAUACUCUAUUAAUAGUAAUGGAGGCUAUGGAAGAAUGAAUAUUGCCGCUGUGAAUCAAGAGAAGCUCCCUAGUGACUUGGAUGAUAUGUUCAUUGAAAGCCUGGACUGUGAUGUUGAGUCCAUUAUUCGUAAUGACCUUAUGGAUGGUGAUACUCUAGAUUUUAACUUUGACUGCUAUUCAAACAGUUCAAAAGCACCCACACACAGCUGGGUAUCCGGCUAACUUUUUUUUAAAAGAGGUUUAUCUGAAGAUGCCAAGACUGGAUUGACAUCAGGAAUUGGGAAAAGCAAUCCAAAGAUGUCCUUCACCCUAGUUGAAUUCUCUUGAUACAUGUUCCCUUUUCCCUUUCAUCAUACUUGGCAGCAUGGAACAUUUUCCUGCACAGGAUGUUUGCCCAAUGUUUGCAGGUUAUGUGCUGCUCUAGAUAAGGCCUUUGGAAUUUGGAACUGUUUGGUUAAAAAGUGCCAAACUCACUACAGAAUGUCAUUUCCAAAACAUGGGUGCAUUGUGUGCUUAAUUAACAAUUCUCUUUGGCCUGAUCUGGUUGUUAAUUGUGGCUGUAAUAAACUCUGGUUCCAAAAUCCCUCAAAUUCCAGUAAUGUAUUGUGGAAAAACCCUGCAAAUAACACACUUUCCAUUUGUUUUAAAGCAUCAUUAUCAUUCACCUCUCAGACUAAUGUGAAGCUAAGGUUGAGGUUAUUUUCCAAGCCUGUGGAGAUGUAGUGACACUUAAUUGCACUAGUUAUUUUCAUCCAUUUAAACCUUAAGACAGACUGCUUGCACAUUCAAUGUUUUUGAUGUUGAUUGGUUUUGCUGUACAACUUUUUAGAGAUUUAAUCCAACAAUUUGUGUAUGCUAAUGAAGAAAACAUUUUAAAAAUCAAUUUUUUAAAAGACUUUGUAUCCCCAGUUUAUUUUCCAAACAAUUUUAAAGGUGGGGUGUGGGGGAGGGGGAGAAGUGUACUUUAUCCAAACUCAGGAAAUGGGGUUGGCCCAUUUAUCAUGCUCAUCCUGUGAAAUGAAUGAACAGUAAAAACAAAAAUAGGUGGGGUGUAAAAUGGGAACAUAAUAUGAACCCAUUAGUUUCUAAUCUGACAGGUCAGAUGAAAAUUAGCCCCUCUUUUCCAAUAAUUACAUAUUUAAGGAGACUAGUAAUGGAUGUUGUGAAAUAUAGUUCACAAUAUAAAGUAAUAUUAAGCUCUUAAAGUGCAGUGUGAGUAUUUGCAGUGAGUUUUUUACAUUCUAAGCACACUAUUCCAUAGAAUGUGCAUGCUUCUGGCAUCCUUCCCACAGGAAUGCUGCCUACAUUGGGAAGGUAGGAGUAUCCCAUCCUUCCCAUACUACUUGCACACCAUCCAAUCGCCAUUGGCAUGCAGCUACCUUUUUAUAAAUUGCAAGGCUAUUUCACAGAAGUCUAAACCUCUUGAAUAUUGUGAUUUUUUUUUGACUAGUUCUGACUUGGUUUUUAAUUCUGAAAGAUUUUUAUUUUGUAUCAUAAGACUGACUUCUAUUAUGUAAAGUAAUUUUAUGAUAGCUGGCAACUUGUCAUUGGUACAAGAAGCCAAUGAUUGAUCACCAUGACUUUUGCGUCUGCUGUCUGGGUAACAGCCAAUGGAGGAAUUUUCUACUUAAGUAGUCUGCUGAGAAGCUGUUUUACUAAUUCUUUAAGCUUUGGUAUCUGAAGCAUAAGGCCCAGCCAAAAUUCCUGCAUCAUGAAGAUUGCACUUAACUAUCUCAAUGCAAAGCGAAGAGCUUCUAUUCAUCACCUUUUCUAAAACAGAAGAAUCUUGCUCUUUGACAUUGGUAGAUCUCCGUAGUUUAAUUUUGCAUGUAAACCUUUCAUAGAAUCAUAAAACAGUACAGCACAAUAAGGCCCUUUGGCCCCCUAAGUUGUGCUGACCUUUAAACCUCACCUAAGACGAUCUAACCCCUUCCUCCCACAUAUCCCUCUAUUUUAAAUUCCUCCAUAUGCUUAUCUAGUAAUCUCUUGAAUGUGACCAAUAUACCUGCCUCCACCACCACCCUAGGCAGCGCAUUCCAUGCCCCAACCACUCUCUGGGUUUUAAAAAAAACCUCCCUCUGAUAUCUCCCUUGAACUUCCCACCCAUUACUUUAAAGCCAUGCCCUCUUGUAUUGAGCAUUGGUGCCCUGGGAAAGAGGUGCUGGCUGUCCACUCUAUCUAUUCGCCUCAAUAUUUUGUACACCUCUAUCACAUCUCCUCUCAUCCUCCUCUCCAAAGAGUAAAGCCCUAGCUCCCUUAGUCUCUCCUCAUAAUGCAUACUCUCUAAACCAGGCAGCAUCCUGGUAAAUCUCCUCUGCACCCUCUCCAAUGCUUCCACAUCCUUCCUAUAAUGAGGUGACCAGUAUUUCCUUUGCAAUACCCACAAUCUGCCUAGCUAUUGAGAAACAUGUAUUGUCAUUAAGGAAGUUGACCUCAAAAGCUUAUGCAACAGUGUUUUCAGCCAUGCCUACUAAUUCAUCCCCAAUUAGUAUGUUCUGCCUUUGAAAGUCAUACUUUAAUAUUGAGUGGAAUAGUGGUGCUGAAACAGUUGUAUUGACAUAUCUCCUGGCAGUGCAUUCCAGGCACCUAUCCAUGUUCCUAAAAAAAAAUCUUAAUCUUGCCUCGUAAAUCUCCUUUUAAACUCCCCCAUCAUGUUAAAUGGAUUCCCUCUAGUAUUUGGCAUUUGCACCUUAAGGGGGAAAAGACCCUGGCCAUCUAUCCUAGCUGUGACCCUCACAAUUUUAUAUACUUCUAUCAGGUCACCCCUUAGCCUCUGGUACUCCAGAGAAAACAAAAGUUUGUCUAAUUUCUCACAGCUAACACACUCCAAUCCAGCUAGCAUCCUGGUGAACCUCUUGUACAUCUUCUCCAAAGCAGCCUCCUUCCUUAUAGUGUGGCGAUCAGAACUGCACACCAUAUUUGAAAUAUGUUUUUGUGCAGCUGCAAUGUGUCUUCCCAACAUGCAUAUUCAGCAUCCCAACCAAUGAAGGCAAGAUUGCUAUAUGCUUUCUUUACCACCCUAUCCACUUGUGUUGCAACCCAAGAUCCCUCUGUACAUGAAUGCUCCUAAGGAUCCUGCCAUUUACUGUAUUCUUUCCUCUUGCAUUUGGCCCCCCAAAAUGUAUCACCUCACACUUGUCCAGAUUAAACUCCAUCUGCCAUUUCUCCACCCUAACUUCCAACUUGCUCAUAUCCUGCUAUAUUCCUCACUAUCCAGUCUGAGCCAGAUGAUUUUGGGUUGAGCUGCCUCUGUGGAUACAAGUACAUAAUUUGGAUUUAAAUCUCAGUGUAAUAAGGGGGAAGUGUUAUUGAAUGUUUUUUAAAAUAUUAGAUUAAAUUCUUAGAUGACUAUACUAUGCACUGUACAAUGAAAAGUAGAGAGUUGUAUCCUAUGUAAUCUUACUCCAACAAUUAGAACUAUAACAAUAUUACAUUGUCAUUUAUUUUAUUACCUGCUUUUGGGAAUUGCUAUAUGGACAUUUGCCACCAUGAUCACCUACAUAACAACACAUGGUGAUUUUUCCCCAUCACACCACAGACCUCCAUUAUAUAUACACAUACGUGGAACAGCACAAUCCAUAUUCCUGUUUCUUUCCUUCAAAAUAAAUGCUGAGUUUUCAAUCUUAGCUGAGCUGCUAUGGAUACACUUGGAGCAAAGGCUGGUCACGUAGUGGAGACUUGCCAUAGUUGUGACUGCAUGUGUUUUCCUGACACCCCUCCCCCAGCAGUAGCAAAUUUUCAUCACUGUAUUUGGAGAAGCCUAUUAAUGGGUUGUCCUUAUUUGGCAUGUGAUUUCAAAAUCACUAGAGGCUUUUAAAGAUGAAAUCAUACACUUUUAAUAUUUUAAUAUUAAAUACUGUGCUUGUUUGCACAAGUUUUUGGCAAUGCAAACAACCAGAAGGCGUAAAUGUCUGCUUAACUCAUUAACUUUGUUACAGCACAAUAUUGAUGGCCAGAUCAGAUGACAUUCAGUGUUAUUACAAGGAUUUUAUUUGACCAUAAACUGACAUGUUUGAUAAGUAGCUUAAGAAUGGAAAAAUUGCAGAGAUUUGCAUUUACAUUGAUACUGUUAAUAUGAUUUUUAUUUCCCCCUUUAUUUAAAGGCAAUGAGUACUGCAGGUCAUAAAUAGUUGUCUUUUUUCCUCCCAUUUUGAGUUUACAGAAUCACACAAAGGGGCAUCUUGCACCUUCAGACUUUUAUAUUAACUGGAUUAAGUGAGAUUUUUGUAUGUAGUAUGUUAGAUUUUUACAUCCUAGGGGGUGCUAUUAAGUGAUGGUGUUUGUUUUGUAAAUACUCAACAAAACUCAAGUGCAAGAGUUUUCUGAAUUAGUUUGCUGUUGUGGAUUUUUUUUUGCGCAGGGACUUGUGUAAAGCUGUAAGUUUUCUAUUUUUUUGAACAAUUAUUUAACAAUCAGAUUCCUUUUAAGAGUUUUCAUUCUGCUUAACAUUAUACUAAGUUUAAAGUACCACAAAGUGUUGUAUUCUCAGUUAGAUGCUCAAACAGCUUCAGACUGUAUUUCAUUGGCCAUUUUACAAUAGAAACUCAAAGCUUUAAGUAGAUCUAUCUUAAUUCUAAAUGAUUGCUCUGUGAAAUGUACAGAUCUUACCUAUGCAUACAGCCUUACUUUGAACUUUUUUUGCAGAUUUGUACUGUUAAAAAUAUUUUUAGAGUACCAGAUAUUUUAACUGUAACAGAUGUAUUGUUCCAGAUAUAGUUAAUUGUAACCAAAUGUGUCAUAUAAAGUUUAUUUAGAAGUUAGUGAUGAAACUUAUUCUUUUGAUGAACUUGUAUACUUCAGUACAACUAAUGAAUAUGAUGUACUGCUUGAUGUAAGUGGCUAAUCAGUCAGCAGAGCAUCCCUAGGAAGAGGGAAGGAAAAAUCGUUGGACCAAUUGUUUUUCAACAUAGAAAGUAAAUUGCACUUAAACUUUAACUGUUUUAUUAAAUGUACUUAUGAAUCAUUAAUAAAAUUAAAUACUUACAAUUAUUAACUUAUAAUCGAGGUAAAUGUGACUUAUCUAUUGGAUCCAGGUUAUAAAUAAAAGUUGCAGUAGGAGUAGGUUUUUUUAAAAAAAAAAUAAACAAAAGUUAACCAAUUUGCACAAAACUGACCCUUCUUUUGAUGGAUGUUCCGUAGACCAACCAUAACCUGAAACUGGCAUGUAAAUAAUGCUUUGUCCAUUACUACAGAGCAUAGCAGUACUUGAAAAUUUCACUGCUUUAUAUCUUUUGAAUAAUGUAGACUGUGUAUCUAAAUAUAUUGUUUCAUAGACAAGUGCCUGAUAGUAUGUACAUUUAAGGACAUCAGAACAAUCCUUUGCUGUUAUUGUAUGGAGCCAUA